AGAUCCCAUAAAGGGGUUGUCUGUUCUCUUUCACAGGCGUACAGAGAAGAGAGUGAAAUCUGUUCUGUUGGAGUGACGGACAGCUGCACCAGUGACCUCAGUAGCUGCAGCCGGCUGAACGUUCCUGUUCAAACUGUUGAGAAGACAGAAGAGAGACGAACCAGAGCUCAGAGUUGAGAGGACAAAACCAGUGAGUAGUCAAGCAACAAACUGGGUGAGAGGAAAUCUGCUGGAAAACAAGAUGGAGAUCUACACUGUCACAGUAGCCACUGGAACAUCAGAGUAUUCAGGCACCAACAACUACAUAUUUGUAACCCUGAUAGGGGAGAGAGGAGAGAGUAAGCGAACCCUGUUGGACAACCCUGGACUAGAUUUUUGUCGAGGAGCAGUGGAUCAGUACAGGGUGACCAGUAAUGCACCUUUAGGGUCCCUCUUACUGGUUCGGCUGGAGAAAGAAAAGUACUUUGUUGAAGACAACUGGUUUUGUCGAUAUGUCACAGUGGAACCUCCAGAUGGAAAAAAACUGACAUUCCCAUGUUACCGUUGGCUUAUAGGAAAUGCCAAAGUGGAAAUAAGAGAAGGAACAGCUAAGAUACUAGUGGAUGACUCCUCAGCACAGUUACUGCAACACAGGAAGACAGAGUUGGAAGACAGACAAAAUAUUUUCAGAUGGGUAACAUGGGCUCAAGGGAUUCCUAGAUGCGUUGAUGCCAAAUCAGAAGCAGAUUUACCCCAAGAUGUUCGCUUUGACAAUGAGAAGAGAAGUGAUUUUGAGCAUUCAUUGCACUAUGCCUUGCUUGAGCUAUCCUUGAAGAAGCUGGCCAUCACAUUCGGGAAAUCCUGGAAUGACCUGGAUGACUUCAAGCGGAUUUUUUGGAAAUUGCGGAGCCCCAUAGCUGAAUAUUGCAUGGAUCACUGGAAGGAAGACUGGUUCUUUGGCUACCAGUGUUUAAAUGGCUGCAACCCAAGAAUGAUCAAGAAGUGUUUGAAACUGCCAGAAAACUUCCCCAUCACAACAGAUAUGGUUCAGAGCUCCAUGCCAGCAAAAACGAACCUGGACAAUGAACUCAAGGCAGGUAAUAUAUACCUUUUAGACUACGCCAUUAUGGAUGGGAUUCCUGCAAACACAAUCAAGGGUAAACCUCAGUACAUAGCUGCUCCGCUCUGCCUCCUGUACCAGCAUCCGGAUGAAGGGCUCAUACCUAUUGCAAUUCAGCUUCACCAGACUUCAAGCUUGGAGGUGCCCAUAUUUUUGCCCAAAGACCCACCACUUGCCUGGCUGCUGGCUAAGAUGUGGGUGCGUCACUCCGAAUUCCAGGUUUUCCAGCUUCUGUCUCACCUUCUUAGGACUCACCUGGUGAUAGAGGUGUUCUGUGUUGCAACUCUUAGACAGAUGCCUACAGUGCACCCUAUAUAUAAGCUCCUGGCUCCUCAUCUGCGCUACACACUGGAGAUCAACUGCAGGGGGCGAACUCAGCUCAUCUCUCCCAAUGGCAUUUUCAAACGAGUUGUGUCUACAGGUGGUGAUGGUCUCUUGAUUCUUGCCCAGAGGGAAUACAAGACGUUAACCUAUCACUCCCUUCAGCCACACUUUGACUUCAAUGAUAGAGGCGUUUUCCAACUCCCCAACUAUUUCUACCGAGAAAAUGCUCUGAUGCUGUGGGAAGCCAUUCACAGUUUUGUCUCAGAUAUGGUGAGCCUGUAUUACCACUCAGACCAAGAUGUGCAGAAUGACCAAGAGCUACAAGCAUGGAUCAAGGAUAUAUCGCAGGAAGGUUUCACUGAGCUUCCAAACUUUGGUAUGCCAAAUAAGCUCAGCAGCAAAGAAGAACUAUCCACUCUAUUGGCUGUGGCCAUCUUCACCAGCACAGCUCAGCAUGCUGCAACUAACAAUGGACAGUUUGACUGGUGUGCCUGGGUACCCAACACCCCCUGCACCAUGAGACUCCCCCCACCAUCAGACAAAGAUACUGUUACUAUGGAAAUGAUCAUGGCCACACUUCCUGAUGUUGGCCAGUCCUGUGUUCAGAUGGCUAUCACAUGGCAUCUAGGACGAGCACAACCAGAUGCAAUUCCUUUGGGUCAAUAUACAGAAGCACACUUCACUGAGUUGGCACCCCUGCAGCUGAUUGAAAAGUUCAGAAUGAAGCUGAAGGAGAUUGAGGACCACAUCCUGGAACAGAAUGCAGGACUGGACCUUCAGUACCUUUUCCUUCUGCCCAGCCGCAUAGAAAACAGCAUCACCAUAUAGACACACAUUUAUGUAGUCUCGGAUAAAACUACUUUUAACUGCAUCUGUAGUCGGACUGUUACCACUUCACAAUCACAGUGGAUACAAUAUGUGAAAGAUGUUAUUAAUUUAAAGAAAUGAAAACUUCAUUUAAAGUCGGUAUAAUUCAUUAAAAAAUUAUUUUCUUAGUUAUAUAUCUACAAUAAAAAAAUCAUUCAGUGCUGAAUGAUUUUUCAGCAUUGAAUGAGGCAGUCAAACUUUAUGGCACAUGCAAUAAAAGAUCAAGUCAAUUUAUUCUUAAAAACAUGUCACAGCAGUGGUCAUCAUUGUGUUGUAGCUUUGGUUAGGUAAAUU